AUGGCGGAGAACGCUGUUAGUCAAGCUCUUAAAAAGAUUGAAAUCUUUGUUGAGGGCUUUCUUUCGUCCCCAAAUGUUGAUUCGUAUGGACUGGUGGAGUAUUUAGUCGCUGAUGAGGGGAAAUUAAAGUGGUUGGGCUCUCUGGAGGACUUGAAAUUGUUUACAGAAUCUUCGCUUCGCAUCGACGGUAGAUGGUCAUCACCGGGUGGCAACGCCAAAAAAUUUACGCUCAAAUCAGUCGAACCUGAUCAGCAGUUUGGCUUCGUUUGGUAUUGCAGAAAGCAGAAUACGAUAGUGUUUCAGGGCGAUCCUGAGAGGGUUGAAGCAGCGAAAUCAAAACUUAUAUCGAUUGCAAACAAACAUGUAAACAAAGAGACUACAUCGAUCGG